AUGCCAGAAUCACGCGGCAUGGAGAUCGGAGGCCUUCUCAACAGCCGGCAUGCUACGGCUCCAGACGGCCACCUGAGACACCAUUUGCAUCAAACGAUGCAUCUGGACACAUCUUCAUAUGCCCAGAUGAACCACCAUAGAUCGAAUCAGCUGCAUGAUUUUGGAUCUCUGGGUCAUCAUUCUUUGCCGCCGCAAACAUCAUCACAGAUAUAUCAAAGCAAUUACGAGGCCCAUGCACAGAACCACAAACAGGAGCCAUUGGUCGACGAUGAUUACGAUGUGUCCGAUUCGAAGACAGAGCCAGCUGCCAAGAAUUUCCCUUGCUCUCAUGCCAACUGUGGCAAGAAAUUCGCUCGUCGAAGCGACUUGGGCAGACAUGAGAAGAUUCAUACAAAUGAGCGUCCUCAUGCCUGCCAGUAUCCUGGCUGCGAUAAACGCUUUAUUCAGAGAUCGGCUCUGACCGUUCAUGGAAGAACUCACACAGGCGAAAAGCCGCACGAGUGUGAAACGUGCCGCAAGCCAUUCAGCGAUUCAAGCUCGCUCGCUCGUCAUCGGAGGAUACAUACUGGGAAACGGCCUUACAAGUGCAAGGAACCUGCCUGCCAGAGAACUUUCACUCGCAAGACGACGAUGAAGCGCCACAUGGAGCAAGUCCACCCGGGGCUUGACACUGAAGUCGGUGGACAGGAUCAUUCCAGAAUCUCGAACGACUCUGGCUCUUCUCGUGGUACCACAGUCUCGCCCGGUGAACGACCCCUGUCCGCUUCUCCCAUGGAAGACCACGUUCAAAUGGCCACCAUGCAACGCUCUGCAUCAGACCAUGCAUACCUACCACAGCCUUCGCUACCUCCUCACAUGCGGACCGACUAUCCGACUCAGUAUUCGCCAAGAUCAACGCCUUCGCUCAGCGGGCCUUCACUUGCUAGCCUUACCAGCAAUCCUCAGAGCAAGCCAUCGCCCACCUCUCAUCCGAACCCGUUUGGCCCACCUCAGCCACUUGAACCGCCCGCGAAUGGGAUCGCUAGUGGCAGUGUUUCUCCACACAUGGGUUGGGGCUCACCAAAUCCUGGCAGUCCGGGUGGUCUUCACAGCUAUGAUUAUCCCGAUAGCACAUUUGGAGCGCCAUCACUGUUUUACCCUGGCAAUGGGAUUCGCCGGCCCCAGAGCACGGAGCCAGAGGAUUACGGCAUUCGUCCCAGAGGUUCGCAUGCACACGCGCAUGCUUUGGGGCAUGUCCAGAAUCCUGUCUCGAUGCCUAUGACUGCAGACUGGUCACAAAUGCCCUCACUGCACGACAUCAAGCAGGAGCGGUAUGUGAUGUAA